UUUCAGGGCCUGGAGCCCAGGUGCCCUGGAUGGAGCCCAGGAGCCGGCAGCGCGCGCCCGUCCUGCUGCUCCCCGCCCACGCUCAGUCCCGCCCCUCCCAGCCCACUGCGCGCGCUCCCACCCCGCCGCGCGCUCCCGGCCGCGCCAGCCACACGGAGGCGGCGCGGACCCGAGCACGUACACAACGCGCAGGCGCGAGUUUGAAGCCCGCGAUUUUCAGAGGUCACCGGCGUUCCUGAGUGAGUUCCAGGUCGGCUGUGGAGAACUUCAAAAAUGCAGGCUUCCAGCUCUAGGUCUGUGCACCUGAGUGAAUGGCAGAAGAAUUACUUUGCAAUUACGUCUGGCAUAUGUACAUCAGGACAAAAGGCAGAUGCAUACCGUGCACAGAUAUUACGUAUUCAGUAUGCAUGGGCAAACUCUGAGAUCUCCCAGGUCUGUGCUACCAAACUGUUCAGAAAAUAUGCAGAGAAAUAUUCUGCCAUUAUUGAUUCUGACAAUGUUGAAACUGGCUUGAAUAACUAUGCAGAGAACAUUUUAACUUUGGCAAAAUCUCAGCAAACUGACAGUGGCAAGUGGCAGUCUGGAUUGACAAUAAAUAAUGUCUUCAAAAUGAGUAAUGUACAAGAGAUGAUGCAAGCUGGCAAAAAAUUUAAAGACUCUUUAUUGGCACCUGCUGAUGCGUCAAUAAUAAUUCACAAGGAGGCCAUUGUUUCUGAUUUUCCCAAAGUUAGUGUUUGUGAUGGUUCUAGAGAGAGUGACAUAUCGACUAACUCAACUCAUACAGAGAAGACCCAAGACGCCCCAGAGAACAAACCUUCAAGGUGCCUGCAGAAUGCCCAGCCACCCAUGGUGACUAACACUUUUAAGACUUGUCCUACGUUGUCAGCACCUUUCGGUGAAUCAGCCCCUGCAAAAUUCCAUACCACGCCAUUAUUUGGACAUGUCAAAAAUCACAGCUCUCCAAAAGCCAACAUAGGACUGAAUAUGUUCUUACCUAAUGUGUCUUCUUUUCCUUCUGGCUGUGAAAAUCCAGGGGAAAGGAAAGCUUUCUAUGGUGCUAGCACCAGCAGCAUUGAUUCACUUUCCAAUCCAAUACUGAAUAAGGCUUUUAGUAAAACAGAAGCUAAUGGCCACAGGGAGGAGAGCAGCCUGCCUACUUUUAAAACGGCAAAGGAGCAGUUAUGGGUGGAUCAGCAAAAAAAGUACCACCAACCCCAACGUGCCCCAGGGCCUUCAUAUGGGGGUGUAAAAAAGUCUCUGGGAGCUGGUAGAUCCCGAGGGAUAUUUGGGAAAUUUAUUCCUCCAGUACCUAAGCAAGAUGGGGAAGAUCAGAAUGGGGGAAUGCAGUAUAAGCCUUAUGGGGCAGGGCCUGCAGAACCAGCACCUCCUGUUGAUGAGCGCCUGAAGAACUUGGAGCCAAAGAUGAUUGAACUUAUUAUGAAUGAGAUUAUGGAUCAUGGACCCCCAGUAAAUUGGGAAGAUAUAGCAGGAAUAGAAUUUGCCAAAGCCACAAUAAAGGAGAUAGUAGUGUGGCCCAUGAUGAGGCCAGAUAUUUUUACUGGUUUACGGGGACCCCCUAAAGGAAUUCUACUCUUUGGUCCUCCUGGAACUGGUAAAACUCUGAUUGGCAAGUGCAUUGCUAGUCAGUCUGGGGCAACGUUCUUUAGCAUUUCUGCUUCAUCUUUGACCUCUAAAUGGGUAGGUGAGGGGGAGAAAAUGGUCCGUGCGUUGUUUGCUGUUGCAAGGUGUCAGCAACCUGCUGUCAUAUUUAUUGAUGAAAUUGAUUCCUUGCUAUCUCAACGGGGAGAUGGUGAGCAUGAAUCUUCUCGAAGGAUAAAAACUGAAUUUUUAGUUCAGUUAGAUGGAGCAACCACAUCCUCUGAAGAUCGUAUUCUAGUGGUGGGAGCAACCAAUCGGCCACAAGAAAUUGAUGAGGCUGCUCGAAGAAGAUUGGUGAAGAGGCUUUAUAUUCCUCUCCCAGAAGCUUCAGCUAGAAAACAAAUAGUAGUCAAUCUGAUGUCCAAGGAGCAAUGUUGCCUUAGCGGAGAGGAGAUUGAACUGGUUGUACAGCAAUCUGAUGGGUUCUCUGGAGCAGACAUGACGCAGCUUUGCAGGGAAGCUUCUCUUGGUCCUAUUCGCAGCUUACAAUCUGCUGACAUUGCUACAAUAACACCAGAUCAAGUUCGACCAAUAGCUUAUAUUGAUUUUGAAAAUGCCUUUAGGACUGUGCGACCCAGUGUGUCUCCAAAAGAUUUAGAGCUUUAUGAAAACUGGAACAAAACUUUCGGUUGUGGAAAGUAAAUGGGACCUUGCCAUUAAAAGACGG